CGUGCGGCAGCGGCGGUUGGCGCCUUUGUCCUGGCGGGCGGCGGCCUGAGACGGAGCGGGCCCGGCGAGGCGAGUUGGAUUUGGAACGAAAGCAAAAUGGCCCGAGGACGCAAGAGCAAUAGCAUCAAACAGAGCGACUUCACUAACAGCACCAACCCUCAGGAUUUAGAGAGAAGACUUUUUGUCGGCAAUUUGCCCACAGACCACAUGACUCGUGAAGAAAUGGAAGAGAUAUUUUCAAAAUAUGGCAAAAUCAGGGCCCUCAGCAUGUACCAUGGCUAUGGGUUCGUGCAGUAUGACCGUCUAGAAGAUGUCCAGGCCGCUCUGGACGGUGAGAAGGGCCGCCUUUAUAAAGGGUAUAGAUUAGAUAUUAAUAAAGCAGCGGAAAGAAGAAAUAUGAAUAAGGCUUCAUCAAGGUCCAGCCCGGCACGAAGAGAGCCCUAUGCCUAUGGGGAUGGCCGCGAUAACAGACGCGAUCGCUCCCCUCUGCGGGGGAGCCCACGGAGAGACCCCAGAGAUGGCAGGGAUGGUAGAAACGGGCGAGAUUCCAGAGACACCCGAGAUAUUCGAGCCAGAGACAUUCGUGAUGCCAGAGACCACAGAGACCCCCGCGACCUGCGAGACCUUCGAGACCCCCGGGAUAUCAGAGAUCCAAGGGACUUGCGGGACCCUCGUGACGUCAGAGAUUUUCGUGACCCACGGGAGCCGCUGUACGAUCGAUACAGGGACCCACGGGACAUGAGGAAUCCGAGAGACAUGAGGGACCCGCGGGACGUGAGGGAUCCGCGGGAUAUGAGAGACCCUCGGGACCCUUUGUACAGACGAGACGAGCCUUACGAGCGCUACCUGCGCGUGGACGACUACUAUCGGCGGAAGGACGACUCCUACUACGACCGCUACAAAGAGCACUUUGACAGAGCGCCAGUGAAUUCAGAAGACCGUCUGAAGCGUGAGGAGCGCCGCCGAGAGGAGCUGUACCGUCAGUACUACGAGGAAAUCAAGAGGCGCUUUGAUGCUGAGAGACCCGUUGAUUGUUCUGUGAUAGUGGUGAAUAAGCAGACAAAGGAGUACGCGGAGUCGGUGGGGCGGAAGGUGCGGGAUCUGGGCAUGGUGGUGGACCUGAUCUUCCUCAACACAGAGAUGUCACUGACUCAAGCCCUGGACGAUGUGAGCAGAGGAGGAUCUCCUUUUGCUAUUGUCAUCACUCAGCAGCAUCAAGUUCACCGUUCUUGCACUGUUAACAUCAUGUUUGGCACCCCACAAGAACACCGUAACAUGCCCCAGGCUGAUGCCAUGGUGCUGGUGGCCAGGAAUUACGAGCGCUACAAAACAGAGUCACGGGAGAAGGAGCGUGAGGAGAUCGCCCGGCAGGCUGCCAAGAUGGCAGAUGAGGCCGUUCUGCAGGAGAGAGAGCGCCCGCCCCCCAUGGAGGAGGGGGCCAGGGGGGGCCACCCCCACCCUCCGGGCAUUCAGACUCUAUUGAACCUUCUGGCAGACAAUCGGUAUCUAACUGCUGAGGAGACUGAUAAAGUAAUUAAUUACUUGAGGGACCGGAAGGAAAGGUUACUGAGGGGGAGCACUGAUUCUCUGCAGGCACCCAUGUCGAGACCGUCUCUGGGAGCACCUUCAGCACCAUCCCUGGGCAGUCAGUCCAGCCUUCCAAGCUCUCAGACUCAUCAGGGUUCACAGCCUCUGGUUUCUGCUCCUUCUGUUCCAGCAUCCUCUGCUAAUCCUCAGCAGGAGCUCCAGGCAAAAAUCCUCAGUCUCUUCAACAGUGGGGCGGCAGCAGCAGCUGUGGCAAACAGCAGUUCUGCACCCACUGUGGGCACGUCGGGUGGCACUCCCAGCCAGAACUUCACUAACAUGACCAGCAAUCAGGCCCGAUCGGCACAGAUGAGUGCUGGAAAUUUAAACCCGGCCCAGCAGAGGUUGCAAACUCCAAACACUCAGCUUCCUUCUCUCCAAGGCCCUUCCAGAAAUGCAGGUCCAAGACCUGGAGCUCCUCCACCAGCUCAGUCGCUUUACGGUCAGCACCAGAAUCGUCUCCCUGCGCCUGGCGCCGUUCCUGCCCAAAGGCCAGUAUCGUCUGGUAUCAACUUUGACAACCCUAGUGUACAGAAAGCCUUGGACACCCUGAUCCAGAGCGGUCCUGCACUCUCCCACCUAGUCAGUCAAACAGUGGCCCAGGGGCGAGCGGGGUCCUCCACCCAGCAGCCUAUGGGUUCCUACCAGCGACACUAUUAAAGCUGAGCUGUCAAACCCUUUUCCCUACCCUUUGUCAUUCCAUAUUUCUAGCUGUUUAAAGAGUCUCCUGUCCCUGACGUGGGACAAAUGCCCCUGGAUAUGCAUGUCCUCUCCACUUCGUUGAGAGUGUACUCCCAGUGGCAUUGCUGCUGAGUGUUAUAGUGCUGCCCUUCCUCACCUUGGUCUGGAUAGCAGUGUUUGGAGAAGUCUCUUCUGUUUUCUCAGUGGCAGGAUUUGCAGAGAGCCACUUUGGGUAUUCACUUGUUCUGUCCAAGCCCAGGAGUUGCUGCAAUGGCAGCCCUGCGUUUUCCUCACUCCUGUGGAUGGGUGCACCUUCACACUAUGGUGCUUUCUGGUCUUAGUAUAGAUUUGGGCCCAUUUUUGGGAAAAUGACACGAGACUGAGAAGAGCAAUACCUGCCUGGGCCUUCCUGGGGUUGCAGGUUUUUGGAAUGGUCGCUGUUUCUUUGCUUUUCUUUUUUUCUUUUAUUUCUGUUUCUUUCAGUGCCAUCUAAGAGGAAAUGCAGAGGUAGCUCUGGCAGCUGACCUCACGUGGCGUGUGGCUGCCUGCUGUUCUAUAAGCCAGGCGGUGCUGUGCAGUCCUGCAGCUGGGCUGUCCUGUCCUGGCACAGCGAGGCUGGCAGAAGCGCCUCACCUUGCCUGGCGUAUGGGAGCUGACAGUUUUGUUCUGACUGCAAUGGGGGAUCUGAAAUGGGGAGAUCUUCCAGCCGAGGCAGAGACUUUAAAUGGUCUAUUGAUAAAACAAAACAAAAUCAAUCCUGCACCCAAGUAAUCAAUUUUAAGAUCAGUCUAUUAAAUUCUAUGUAUAAAUUUCCUUCUAAUCUUGCUUUGGGGCAGCUGGUUACGUUGCCCAGCAGCUCAGCCACAGCCACACUGAUGUGCUGCUGGACCUGUCUGCAGCCACUUCCCAGGUGGUCGAUGUCUGCUCUCUGACACUUCAUCUCGGUUGCUGUUUUGUCCAUCUCAGGGGGGGAGGCAGUGCCAACAUGCAAUACUAUAAUUUUAUAUGUUCUUUCAACACUGCAGCGGGCAGUUGAGCGGAUCAGGCAGUGAUACUUCACCGUGUUUUUAACCAGUAACAUACUUUGAUACCAGAAAACAAAACUUCUCUAACCAUGCGGUCCUUCUUUGCACAGCCUUCUUGGAGUCUGUAGGCUUCCUGCAGAACCAAAAGAUGCUAGGAGAGCAAUGUUCUUGGAG